AUCCCAAGUGCACAAUUCCCCAGUGCCUGUGUGUCAACCAUCACACUCUUCCAGAGUAUCAAAAAACUCCCCUUCAAAGAAAACAAAACCCCUGAAAACCCCUGAAAACCCAUCUCUCACUUUCUGCUCAUUUGAGAGAGAGAGAGAGAGAGAGAGAGAGAGAUGGGGAAGGCUUGGAAGAUCAUUCCCAGGCCAUUGCUAGAAACCAUCCUCAACAACCACGCCCAACACCAUAGGGUCCACCAGCCCCUCAUCGUCCAUGGCCCUCGCGGCGUUGGAAAGACUACCCUCUUCCGUUGUAGAUUGCUUGAUGACUGGAACAAGCCGCCCCAUCUUACCGGCUACGUGGACUUCGGUCUACCAUCCCAAGACCAGCAGCCGCAGGACCACCAUAUUCCGUGGUCCUCAUGGUGCACCAUUCAUUCUGGUGGUCCCGCACCCUCCCUCCUCUCCCUCUGCGCCCAGCUUGAACGCUGCCUCGAGUCGAUGGUCCACGCUGGUGUCCGCCUCGGCAGCAUUGGGAGCCACCAGGUCUUCUCCACGCUCAACAAAUGGCACGGCAUUGACACCGCCCUCCGUCGCAUCAUCCGCUCCAGGGGCGGGAAGGACGGGAGCGCCCCCACGUCGGUCCUGUGGUCACGGGCCAUCUUCGCCCUCGGAGCGGAUUCUCACACCCGCGACACCAGCAAUGUGUUGGUUGGGCUCGAGGGGAAGGUUGCUGCUGCCACCCGCGAGGAGGAGGCGUACUACAGGGAGGCUGCGCUGUCACUGCGGCUUGCGAAGGAGGUGAUUGGGAUUCACCAGGCAUGGCGGGCGAAUGCGGUGGCCCACUUGAACCGCACUGGUGGGUUCUCGCGGUCCCUUGCGAAUUCAGUGACUGACUGGCCGUGUCUCUUAGUGGAGCUGUUGUCUGAUGCUGCCGAACUUGACUUUUUCCAGCCGAAGCUAGUCAUAAACAACAUUGAUGUUCUGCGGAGGGCAAUCCAGUCAGAUGAUUCCACAGUCUCUGCAGCCAUGUAUCAUGACAGUUUGUUGUGGAGGUUGAUAGCCUUGGGUGUGAAUGAGAAGUGUCUACCUGUCAUUCUUGUGACAUCGGAUAGCUACUAUUCCUAUCGCGCCUUCAUGGAUUUUGGAUUUCCAGACAUAUUCAUCUCCCGUGAGACCUUUGGAUGGAGUCCUCCAGAAGCUAAAAUGCAUAUGGUUACUGAAUUCUUCAGUGAACCUGAGUGGAAGGUGAUUGCCGACGUGCUUGGUUCAAGCCCACGGCAUCUUUCUGAGCUAUACAGACUUAAGCACAGCCCUUGCUAUCAGAGGAUCAUGGAAGAUGGCAGGGGGAACACUUUUGAGGAUAUCGUAAAUGCAUACAUAGCAUAUUUGCAAGUGACUGUAGUGAAUCCUGCCAUGGAAUCAGCUUUGGAUAUUCUGCAAAAGUUUGCUUUUGAUGCACUCAAUGGAAGAAUCUCAAAAGACCGACUACAUUUUGGUGCACCUUGGAGACAUCCACCCCGUACAGACAAUCCUAACCAACGUUUGAAGUGGGCAAAGCUUCAGUUAAUGGAUUUUAUUCAAUCCCUAGUCAAUGCUGAAUUUGGGGUAAAUUAUCUAGCAGAUAGUAGCCUUGAGAUACUGGAUGAUCCUUCUACCGCUGCAAUGCUAGAGGUUGGUUUACUGUAUGCACAACGAGAUCCAUCUUUCAUUCGUCCCAUCACUCGAGGUAUUGAGAGGUGUCUUGUCAGAUGGCUUGUCCAGCAACGGUUGCAGCUGAGCUUUCAGGAGUCACUUCAGUUCCUGUUGCAACGAAUUAUACGUGGCCGGAGCUAUCGGCAUUUGAUGAAAGAAGCAGGCUAUAAAUAGACCCAGGAAGUGAUCCAGAGCGUUCUUCAUACACCCUUACUCUGACUAGACCAUGCCAUUAAAGUUGUCCCGAUGAGCAAUUGUAAUCCUUCAAUCAAGAGCCUGUUAAUAGAAUGUCGCCAUCAUCAUAGCCUUGUCCCUGAUGGGGUUGGCUUCUCAUGGUAGCUUGGCAAAAGUUCAACGAUCAUCUACCCACACGAAAUCAACCCUCCACUACCCAGUCUGGGGAACAGCUGGUGCAAUUGCCACCAGGUGCAGUUCAUCAACAAACACCCAACGCUAUUUUCGACUGGUGCUAUUCAAGCAAAUUCAAUUUUUUGUGAAUGCGGUGCCUUUGCUGGGUUCACAUUUACCGGGAGAAGCUGCAGAAGGGGUUUCUCUAGAGAUUGAUACAAUGUUGUGGAAAGUCAUAACAUUGAUGCCUCUUGGUGUGGAAUGCCCGAAUUUUGACUGUGCUAUAGCUUGGCAUCAGUCUGGCCAUUUCAAGAUGGACAGUGUCAACUGGCGAAUCUAGCUUCUAGCACACCAUUCAUUGAUCUUUGUCGUUGUUCUUUUAAUUUGUAUUUGAUGAUUUUGUAUGAUUACGAUGGUUAAUAAACAAUCUGGGAAGGAAAAAAAAAAUAUAUGAAAGGAAUUGGAAUAAACACUGGUUACCACACGACUUUUUUGCACUUGGAGUUCCUAUGGGAACGUAUGGCGGCAAGAUCUGGACCACUCAAUUAGCUGGUCACAUCAUAUACAGGCCACUGCCCAUAAUUCAGGCGGGAUUAUCCUGGCAAUUGAAAUAUUUUAUUUUUAUAUUUAUUUUACAUGGCGUUAUUCUUGUGUCA